CCCGGCUUGGCUUGCCCGAAGCGCAGGAGAUGGAAGUUUUUUCCCUCGCUUUGCUGGUGUCCGUGUGUUGGACUCGAACCUGGGAAGCGGCGCGGUCGGAUUCGAUCAUUCAUAUCGGAGCAAUAUUUGAUGAAUCCGCAAAAAAAGAUGAAGAGGUGUUUCGUAUGGCAGUUGCCGACCUCAACCAGAACGAUGAAAUUUUGCAGACGGAGAAAAUCACAAUUUCGGUGACUUUUGUGGAUGGCAACAACCCAUUUCAGGCAGUUCAAGAAGCCUGUGACCUAAUGAACCAUGGCAUCUUGGCCCUUGUCAGCUCCAUUGGUUGUACGUCAGCUGGAUCCCUCCAAUCCCUGGCAGAUGCUAUGCACAUCCCUCACCUCUUCAUCCAGCGGUCAACAGCUGGAACUCCAAGGAGUGGUUGUGGAACCACCAGGAGCAAUAGGAACGAUGACUACACUCUGUUUGUUCGCCCGCCUGUCUACAUCAAUGAUGUCAUCUUGAGGGUGGUCACAGAAUACGCCUGGCAGAAAUUCAUUAUUUUCUAUGACAGCGAGUACGAUAUCCGUGGAAUACAAGAGUUUUUGGACAAAGUAUCUCAGCAGGGAAUGGAUGUAGCACUGCAGAAGGUAGAGAACAACAUCAAUAAAAUGAUCACAGGGCUCUUUGCCACCAUGCGGAUAGAGGAACUGAACCGCUACCGGGAUACUCUGAGGCGAGCCAUUCUGGUAAUGAACCCAUCAACAGCCAAGUCUUUCAUUGCUGAGGUCGUGGAAGCCAAUUUGGUUGCUUUUGACUGUCACUGGAUCAUUAUAAAUGAGGAAAUAAAUGAUGCAGACGUGCAGGAGUUGGUGCGAAAGUCAAUUGGAAGGUUGACCAUUAUUCGGCAGUCGUUUCCAGUGCCACAGAACAUAAGUCAGCGCUGUUUCCGCGGGAACCACCGAAUAUCAUCAUCACUGUGUGAUCCUAAGGACCCUUUCUCCCAAAACAUGGAGAUUACCAACCUCUACAUAUAUGAUACGGUGCUCUUGCUGGCAAACGCUUUCCAUAAGAAGCUGGAGGACCGGAAGUGGCACAGCAUGGCAAGCCUGACCUGCAUUAGGAAGAACUCUAAGCCGUGGCAAGGAGGGAGAUCUAUGUUGGAUACAAUCCGGAAGGGUGGAGUGACUGGUUUGACAGGUGAACUGGAAUUUGCAGAAAAUGGCGGUAAUCCCAAUGUUCUGUUUGAAAUCCUGGGGACCAACUACGGGGAAGAACUUAGCAGAGGCAUCCGCAAACUUGGCUGCUGGAAUCCUGUCACCGGUCUCAACGGCUCCUUAACAGACAGAAGGCUGGAGAAUAACAUGCGUGGGGUGGUCCUCCGUGUAGUUACAGUGCUGGAAGAGCCAUUCGUGAUGGUUUCAGAAAAUGUUUUGGGGAAACCAAAGAAAUACCAAGGCUUUUCGAUUGAUGUCUUAGAAUCUUUAUCUACGUACCUUGGCUUCACAUAUGAAAUUUAUGUAGCGCCAGAUCACAAAUAUGGACGCCCCCUGGAGAAUGGGAGCUGGAAUGGAUUGAUAGGAGAAUUAGUGUUUAAGAGAGCUGACAUAGGCAUUUCUGCAUUAACCAUCACUCCAGACCGCGAAAACGUAGUUGAUUUUACCACCCGUUACAUGGAUUACUCUGUGGGUGUGCUGCUCCGGAAGGCUGAAAAGACAAUGGAUAUGUUUGCUUGCCUAGCACCGUUUGACCUUUCCCUCUGGGCAUGCAUAGCAGGAACAGUGCUUUUGGUAGGCCUGCUGGUAUACCUCCUGAACUGGCUUAAUCCACCCCGUCUGCAAAUGGGGUCAAUGACGUCAACCACCCUCUACAACUCCAUGUGGUUUGUGUAUGGAUCCUUUGUGCAGCAAGGAGGAGAGGUUCCCUAUACAACUCUGGCAACGCGAAUGAUGAUGGGUGCCUGGUGGCUCUUCGCCUUGAUUGUCAUCUCCUCCUACACAGCAAAUCUUGCAGCGUUUCUCACCAUCACUCGCAUUGAAAACUCCAUCCAGUCUCUCCAGGAUCUCUCCAGGCAGACUGAUAUUCCUUAUGGCACUGUUUUGGAUUCUGCAGUCUAUGAGCAUGUGCGGGUAAAAGGGAUGAAUCCUUUUGAAAAGAACAACAUGUAUUCCAAACUAUGGCAGAUGAUUAACCGAAGUAAUGGCUCUGAGAAUACCGUGCAAGAAUCCCAGGCAGGCAUUCAAAAGGUAAAAUAUGGAAACUAUGCCUUCGUAUGGGAUGCUGCUGUUUUGGAAUAUGUUGCUCUUAAUGACCCAGAUUGCUCUUUUUACACGAUCGGAAACACCAUUGCAGAUCGAGGAUAUGGAAUUGCUCUUCAACAUGGCAGUCCCUAUAGAGAUGUAUUCUCACAGAGGAUUCUAGAACUUCAGCAGAAUGGACACAUGGAUCUACUGAAGCACAAGUGGUGGCCAAAGAAUGGCCAGUGUGACCUGUACUCUUCUGUGGACCCCAAAUAUAAAGGAGGAGCUUUGGACAUUAAGAGCUUUGCGGGUGUAUUUUGCAUACUGGCCGCUGGGAUUGUUCUCUCCUGUUUAAUUGCAAUGCUGGAAACAUGGUGGAAUAAAAGAAAAGGCUCUCAGGUUCCUUCAAAAGAGGACGACAAAGAAAUUGAUCUGGAACAUCUCCAUAGACGCGUGAACAGCCUGUGCACAGACGAUGAGAGCCCCCAUAAACAGUUUUCCACCUCGUCCAUUGACUUGACUCCUCUGGACAUUGACACUUUGCCAACACGCCAAGCGCUGGAGCAAAUCAGUGACUUCAGGAACACUCAUAUCACUACUACAACCUUCAUACCAGAACAGAUCCAGACUCUUAGUCGUACACUUUCAGCUAAAGCUGCUUCUGGAUUCUCUUUUGGCAGUGUCCCCGAGCACCGAACUGGCCCUUUUAGGCACAGGGCGCCAAACGGGGGCUUUUUCAGAAGUCCUAUCAAAACAAUGUCCUCAAUUCCAUAUCAACCAACUCCGACCUUAGGGCUCAACAUCGGUAACGAUCCGGACCGAGGCACCUCCAUAUAAAGUUUUAAACAGCGUUUUGUCACUGUUUCUUUUUAGGACUCCCUUUGCGAGGAGCAGCUGUGAUAUUGUGGGACUAACAUGGAUGUAACUUUUUAAAAAGAAAUCAGGAGUAUUUAGUAACAACUCACUAUCCUUCCUCUCCCCCUCCUCUUUCUCACUUUCUCUCUGAUACUACUUGAGGCCGUGAUUUUUCAACCCAGCUUCUCUUGAGUAGUUUCACUGACUGAACUGCUGUGACUCCGGAGUAAGAGUUCUCUAGAAUAUACUAUGCCCCCAACAUUGAAGCAAACUCAUUAUGGUCAGGGGAACUGCUAUGAAACAAGUGAUAUUGGGAAUGCAACCUGAGCCACAAUU